AUGGCAAACAUUGAGAAACUCCAGUUCCCGGCUCUGAAAGUAACCGGCGAAAAUUAUGUCAGGCGGGUCACAAAUGUGAAACCUUAUCUUGUAAUAAAAAAGAUAACCGAAGCGAUAAAAUUCGGUAACAAAUCGCCACCCGAGCAUAUAGCCGAAGCGAUAAUCUUCCUGAAGAAGCAUUUAGAUGAGAAUCUAACUCACGACUAUGGAGACGUUGAGGACCCAGUAGUACUAUGGCAAGCCUUGAAAGACAGAUUCGAUAAUCAAAAGGAAAUCAAUCUCCCUCACGCUCUUGAAGAGUGGAAAACCCUGAGGUUUCAGGAUUUCCAAAGGGUUAGAGAUUACAAUUCCACUAUCUUGAGGAUAGUUGCACAAUUAAAAUAUUGUGGUAACCCUGUCACCGAAGCAGAAAUGCUUGACAAGACAUACAAUACUUUCCACAAAGAACACAAUGUCUUAUCCCGAAUUUACAGAAAAUGUGGGUACACCAAAUUUUCUGAAUUGAUGGCCAAGACAAUAUUGUGUCUGUCCAAGAUCUUUCAUCUCAAAUUCUCCUUUGAGAUAGUCUGA